CUUUGAUGGCCUGGAUGAAAGCAGACCUUCUCUGGACUUCAACCACAGGGAGCUUGUGUCUGAGGUCACACAGAGGUCAUCAGUCAACGUGCUGCUGACAAACCUCAUCCGGGGGAAUCUGCUUCCCUCGGCUCUCGUCUGGAUAACCUCCAGACCUGCGGCGGCCAAUCAGAUCCCUCCUGCAUGUGUUGACAGGGUCACAGAAGUACGAGGCUUCACUGACGCCCAGAAGGAGGAGUACUUCAGGAGGAGAUUCAGUGAUGAAGAGCUGUGCAGCAGAAUCAUCUCACACAUCAAGACGUCCAGGAGCCUCCACAUCAUGUGUCAAAUCCCAGUCUUCUGCUGGAUCAGUGCUACAGUUCUGGAGCACAUGUUGACCACAGACCAUAGAGGAGAGCUGCCCAAGACCCUGACUGACCUGUACUCACACUUCCUGCUGGUUCAGACAAAGAGGAAGAACAACAAGUACGGUGAGGGACAUGAGACGAGUCCACAGCAGCUGACGGAGGCUGACAGGGACGUUCUCCUGAAGCUGGGGAGGCUGGCACUUAAACAUCUGGAGGAAGGAAACAUCAUGUUCUACCAAGAAGACCUGGAGUGGUGUGGUCUUAAUGUCACAGAGGCCUCGGUGUACUCAGGAGUUUGUACUGAGAUCUUCAGAAGAGAGUGUGUGAUCUUCCAGAAAUCAGUCUACUGCUUUGUUCAUCUGAGCGUUCAGGAGUUUCUGGCUGCAGUCUACAUGUUCCACUGUUACACCGAGAGGAACACAGAAGAACUCAAAAACUUCUUGGGAACAUAUGGGAACACAGACAGUACCUUCUCCCUGGAUGACCUCCUGAAGAGAACCAUGAAGAAAUCCCUCACCAGUACAAAUGGUCAUCUGGACCUGUUUGUUCGCUUCCUUCACGGCCUCAGUCUGGAGUCCAACCAGAGAGUCUUAGGAGGCCUGCUGGGUCGGAUAGAGAACAAUCCAAAGAUCAUCCAGAGAGUCAUCAACAACCUGAAGAAGAUGGAGAGUGGUGGUUCUCCUGACAGAAGCAUCAACAUCUUCCACUGUCUGACUGAGAUGAACGACCACUCAGUUCAUCAGCAGAUGAAACAGUUCCUGACGUCAGAGAACAGAUCAAAGGAACUCUCUGAGAUCCACUGCUCAGCUCUGGCCUACAUGCUGCAGAUGUCAGAGGAGGUUCUGGAUGAGUUGGACCUGGACAAGUUCAACACAUCAGACCAGGGUCGACUGAGACUGAUCCCAGCUGUGAGGAACUGCAGGAAGGCUCGACUCCGUGGUUGUCUCCUCUCAGAGACUCACUGUGAAGUCGUGGCCUCAGCUCUGAAGUCAGACCCCUCACAUCUGAGAGAACUGGAUCUGAGUGUAAACUUCAACCUGCAGGAUUCAGGAGUGAAGCUGCUGUGUUCUGGACUGGAGAGUCCAAACUGUCGACUGGAGACUCUGAGGUUGGAUCAGUGCUGUCUGUCAGAGAUCAGCUGUUCUUCUCUGGCUUCAGCUCUGAGGUCGAACCCCUCUCAUCUGAGAGAACUGGAUCUGAGUAACAACGACCUGAAGGACUCAGGAGUGAAGGAGCUGUGUGGUUUUCUACAGAGUCCAACCUGUCGACUGGAGACUCUUGGGUUGUGGGACUGCAGUCUGUCAGAGAUCAGCUGUACUUCUCUGGCUUCAGCUCUGAGGUCAAACCCCUCUCAUCUGAGAGAACUGGAUCUGAGUAACAACGACCUGCAGGACUCAGGAGUGAAGGAGCUGCUUGAUCUACAGCAGAGUUCAACCUGUCGACUGGCGACUCUGAGGUGGGAGGGGUCUCCGUGGAGCAUAGUGUGAAGAGGACAGUGUGUGUGGACGGAGGCUGAGCUGUGUCCUGAGGAUCCAGAGGCUGAAGCAGCAGCAGCUUGUGUGAAGAGCAGUUCAAUGACUUCAUGAAAAACAUGUGAACUCACAUUUAGAUGAUUUUCAUUCUCUCUGGAUUCUUCACACAUGUGUUCAUAACUGAUCUUCCUGUUCCUGCUCAUGUACAAAGAGAUAAAUGUUUUAAACAAGUGGACUUUUUUUCAUGUACAGCAUUUAUACAACAUCUGACAAUAAGAUCACACUCAUCAACAUUUAUUCACAAAAUGUACAUGAAAUGAAAGCCCUGGUACAAGUACAUCAAAAUAAAAAUGUGGAAUAUGGCCAAAAUGGCCACUUAAUGCAAAA